UUGCCCAGCCCUGCUGAACGUUUUGGGGAAGGGCCGUUCAGCCCCCUCGGUCUUCCCAUUGGCUACAGCGGCAUCAACUUCUCCUUCAUGUCUUCUUGGGUUGGCGACGGGCAGAGUUUGUUGCAGUACGAAAAACGUGGCCGCAAGUUGUCAAUACUAGACUUUUCUCCCAAAAUAAAUUCUGUUCGCCAGCCUGACUUCAUCCAAGUCAGAAAGGAAGAGUUGAAAAGUUGCCUUGUCAGAAAGGGACGAAGAGGGUCGAGCAGAGAAACCAACACUACCUGAAACCCAACUCCUCUUGUGGACCGUGCUGUCAGCAUGCCAGAGAAAACUCCACUGGACAGCAAUGGGGACACAGCCUGGCUUGGCGAGAGUCAAUCUGAAAGUCAGCUUACGGCCGUGCCCGGUACAGAUGGAGUAGAGACAUCUGAUGAUGACCGGCCAGCAUGGGACUCUAAGAUCCAGUAUGUGUUGGCCCAGGUGGGGUUCAGUGUGGGCCUAGGGAAUGUGUGGAGGUUCCCAUAUCUUUGCCACCAAAAUGGAGGAGGGGCUUUCAUGGUGCUGUAUGUUUUUCUUUUGCUGAUUGUGGGAGUUCCACUGUUUUUCAUGGAGCUGGCAGCGGGCCAGAGCAUUCGUCAGGGCAGCAUCGGGGUUUGGAAGCACAUCUCCCCAAAACUGGCAGGCAUUGGCUACUCAAGCUGCAUGGUGUGUUUUUACGUGGCCCUGUACUAUAACGUUAUCAUUGCAUGGAGUCUGUUCUACAUGGGUAAUUCUUUUCAGUACCCUCUACCAUGGGAGCAGUGUCCAGUCGAUGGAACAACCAAUGUUACAGUGAAAGAAUGCGCAGGUUCUUCCCCAACGUCAUAUUUUUGGUUUCGGAAAGCACUUGACAUCACAAAUUCCAUCGAAGAAUCCGGAGAGUUUAACCCCAUCAUGACAGGUUGUUUAUUGGCUGCUUGGGCAAUUGUCUCCUUGGCUAUGAUCAAGGGUAUUAAGUCUUCUGCAAAGGUGAUGUACUUUUCCUCGGUCUUUCCCUAUGUGGUGCUCUGUAUUUUCCUCAUCAGAGGGUUGAUGUUGGAUGGUGCGAUGGAUGGAAUCACCUAUAUGUUUUAUCCUAAACUGGAAAUCUGGGGUAAUGUGCAGGUGUGGCGGCAGGCUGCUACACAAGUGUUUUUUGCUCUGGGACUGGGCUAUGGCUCUGUUAUUGCAUAUUCCUCCUACAAUCCAGUCCACAACAACUGCCACAGGGAUGCGCUGAUGGUCUCCGGCAUCAACUUCAUGACUUCUGUGCUGGCCACACUUGUGGUUUUUGUCAUCCUGGGUUUCCGUGCCAAGAAUGUUGCGCUACGCUGCGUGGCUGAAAAUCUUGGCCUUCUAAACCUCAUGACAUCCUAUGAAUCUAACCAGCACAUGGUUGGCCUUGGUUUUCCUUGGAUCAACACGACUGAUCCAAGCUCUGUGUCUAUAGCUGAAUACAGACAGUGGUACAGUCUCCACAGCUCCAUGGUGGGUCCUAACAUCACUGACUGCAGCCUGGAAGAGGAGAUGAAUAAGGGUGUUGAAGGGACAGGCCUGGCCUUCAUAGCAUUCACUGAGGUGAUGGCCCUUUUCCCUGCCAGCCCUUUCUGGUCCACACUGUUUUUCCUAAUGUUGCUCAACCUGGGCCUCAGCACAAUGUUUGGAACCAUGCAGGGAAUCCUCACUCCUCUCAUGGACAAUUUCAGCCUCUUGGGGCGUCACCGGACCCUACUCACUGUGUCCAGUUGUGCUUUGGGAUUCUUGCUGGGACUGUUGUUCACCCAGCGCUCAGGCAACUAUUUUGUGACUAUGUUUGAUGACUACUCUGCGACUCUUCCAUUAGUCAUUGUAGUAGUCUUUGAAACCAUCAGUGUGGCGUGGGUUUAUGGAACUGAUCGCUUCCUGGAUGACAUUGAAGAAAUGCUCAAAUGGCGCCCUCCAGUGGUAUACAAAUAUCUUUGGAAAUAUGUUUGUUUACUGGCGAUGAUCGGUCUUUUGGCUGCCAGUUUGUUGCGCAUGGUCUUCAAAAGGCCCACAUACACUGCCUGGAAUCAAAGCACAGCCUCUGAGAUGACUCUUGAGUACCCUGGCUGGGCCCUUGCUAUGAUUGUCAUGCUUAUAGCCUUUGCCAGCUUGCCCGUGCCUAUGGGCUACAUCCAUUCCAUGUUGAAAAACCGCACAAGUGGUAACACUUGCUCCGAGGAGUUAGGUGGCCAGGAGUUGCACCGUGAGUUGUACACCAAGUGCAGCUCCACCGACCAGCUAGAUUCCAACUCCCACCACGUCCCUACUGAGGAAGAAGAGGCUCUUCCGAGGACUGGCUUCCUGCCGAUGGGCAACGAACACUAUCGCCUCCUGCCCCAGCAAGAGGAGGAAGAUGAAGAAGAAGAUACUGGGGUGUGAGCAUGACCGUGGGUGGUUAGCUGCUUGUGAAAGUUGUUUGAGAUUGCAAAGUGAAAGGAGGGCUGUCAUAAACAGAAUUAUUCUUUAUCUGAGGAAGAGCCUUUGGUUACACACAUUUGUCAUAUUCAUCAAGCUUUAAAUAGUUUCCAAAUUUUUUAAGUAUUUAUAUUACUGAAGGUUAAUUACUGGUCAAACUGAAAGCUUUUAGAUUCUGUAAUUAUGAAACUACAAGUCCUCCUUUUACCUCCCUCCAUUCAUUUUCUGAACCGGUGAUACUGUUCAGGAAAGGAAAACACUCGCAAAUACACAAAAAAGGAAUAAGCUGAUAUAUUUGUUGAAACAAAGAAUUUGACAAAGAUUGUAGUGUAGGAAAUUGACCAGCCACCAGCAUGUGAAACCAGGUUUGCUGUAGGGCAAUAUAUCAUAUGUGAGUCAUAAGUGAGCUGGCCUAUUGCUGGUGAAUGUAAAAAGGCAGAAACAGGCAAAAAUUUGCUUUAUGAGGCGUGUUUUUAGUUAAAUGUCAAGUACGGAUUUGCAUGAAACAUUCUACCUUGAGGAACUGUGAUGUGUGCGUGUGUGCGUGCGUGUCUAUGUGUGUGUCUGUAUGAACAUUCAUUUCUGUUGUGAAAGCAAAAUAACUCAGUAAAAUAACUUUAUUUUACUUUUUAUUUGUAUCAUUUUACCUCAAGACCACAGCAAUGUUUUUACUUAUGUUCAGUGUAGUAAUAUUUUACUGUACUAGGUGAAGACAUAAAUAAACCUCUAGAUGGCGGCAACCUUA